GUAGACAACACAAAAUAUGGCGGCUGCCAAUUGCUUGCAUUUGUAAAUUGAAGCUUUGCCGAUUUUAAUUUUAUAUGUGAAAAAGACAAACUUGAUAAAUAUUUAUCGUAAAAUAAGCAAUAAGAAAUAUUUAAUUGGUCAAGUUCCAAAUAAUUAAUAAAGGAAAUGUAUGACGAUAGACGUGGAGGCCGUGGCGGUGGACGUGGAGGUCCAAGGGGUGGCGGAAGAGGUCGAGGCGGAUCGAGAGGUGGUCGUUCGGCUGAUAGAUCACUAGAAAGGGGAAGUAGGUUCGGAGGAAGCAGCGAAGGCCGCGGUGGUAGAGAUGGGGGCAGAGGUAGCGGGAGAGGUUUCAGAGGUCGAGGCGGCCGUGAUGGUAGAGAUCGCGACGACUUCCGUGGCAACUUCAAAAACGAGCAACCCGGUGGGGCGCUUCGUAAAAUACGCUGGGACACCAUCACGCUUAUACCAUUCCAGAAAAACUUCUACACUCCCCACCCUAACGUUCAAAUGCGCUCUAUGGCCGAAGUUGAAAAUUACAGAAGCCUGCAUCAGAUAACAGUUAAAGGGAGAGACGUACCGCCUCCUAGUAUGUAUUUUGAAGAAGGUGGCUUCCCUGAUUAUGCUAUGAAGGAAAUUUUGAAGCAAGGGUUUCCGAAUCCGACACCAAUUCAAGCACAAGGUUGGCCGAUUGCUCUAUCUGGAAGAGAUAUGGUGGGGAUUGCUCAAACAGGAUCAGGGAAGACGCUAGCUUAUAUCUUGCCUGCUAUUGUACAUAUAAUAAAUCAACCGCGGUUACUUCGGGAUGAUGGCCCAAUCGUCCUUGUCUUGGCUCCAACAAGAGAAUUAGCUCAGCAAAUCCAACAGGCUCUAGUAUCAAUGAAUGGAAACGCAGCGGAAAGGGACAGAAUUCCUGGCCCCAUGGAUGUUGUAGCGACAGACUUUGGUCAGAAUGUGCAAGUACGCAACACCUGUAUAUUUGGUGGGGCUCCAAAGGGGCCACAGGGCAGGUCCCUGGAACGAGGGGUGGAAAUUGUUAUCGCUACUCCUGGAAGACUGAUUGAUUUCUUGGAAAAGAAUACGACGAAUCUUCGUCGCUGCACUUACCUAGUAUUGGACGAGGCAGACAGAAUGUUGGACAUGGGCUUUGAGCCACAGAUCCGCAAGAUUAUUGAACAAAUCCGACCUGAUAGACAGGUUCUCAUGUGGUCAGCAACAUGGCCAAAGGAAGUUCAGAAUCUAGCUGAAGAGUUUCUACAUGAUUACAUACAAAUAAACAUUGGUUCACUGUCGCUAUCUGCCAACCAUAAUAUCCUGCAAAUAGUCGAUGUUUGCGAGGAAUGGGAGAAGAAUGAUAAACUGUUGACGCUUCUCAAUGAGAUAUCUUCGGAGGAAGAAACUAAAACUAUCAUAUUUGCGGAGACUAAGAGGAAGGUGGAUGAAAUAACAAAAACAAUAAACCGCGCCGGCUGGCGUGCUCUCGCUAUACACGGCGACAAGAACCAACAGGAUCGUGACUAUGUACUGAGCCAGUUCAGACAAAACCAGGGCGGGAUACUAGUCGCCACUGACGUAGCGGCCAGGGGGCUUGACGUGGAGGACGUGAAGUUCGUGAUCAACUACGACUAUCCGAACAACUCGGAGGACUACGUGCACCGCAUCGGGCGCACGGGCCGCUCGCACAACACCGGCACCGCCUACACGCUGUUCACGCCCAAUAAUUCCGCUAAGGCGAAGGAUUUGAUGUCGGUGCUGCAAGAGGCUAACCAAGUGGUGAAUCCCAAACUGAUGGAGUUGGCGCAGUGCGGUAUGGGCUUCAAGGGAAAGUUCAACCGCGGCAGAUACCGCGACAGAGAUGACGAGCCACGUGGUGGGGGACGCGGCAGGGGAGGCGGUAGGGGCCGGCCCGAUAGAGGAUCAAGAUGGGACAACAACGACUCGUCCAACGGCUUCCAAGGGUCAUCGUUCAACCGGCCCGAGGGAGGCUUCCCCCGGCAGACCUUCAACAGGGACCAGGGCAGGGAGUCGUUCCGUGGCCGUGGACGUGGUCGUGGUCGUGGCAGCUUCAGUAGUUAUGGUCAAGGCAACGCUGGCUACGACCAGAGCCAGGGUUAUCAGCAGAACAGCUAUUAUAAUAUGUACUCGCAGCCGGCUGAACAAAAUUAAUUUGUGAAUGUGUAUUGUAAACAGACUUGGGUAUUUUGUAUUGAACAGGGAAGAUUUUUGUUAGUGGUACACUUUAAGUUCAAUUUUUUUUUUAAUCUAGAAACUGCUUCAUUCAUUUUGGAGAAAUAAUUAAUCUAGUAUAACAAAAAUACUAAACAAUUUUCAAUAGGAAGACUUCUGAAUGCGACGUUUGUCGUUGAGAAAUUUUUGACAAAUCCAUACUA